AUGUAUCGACAGGUUCGCUCAUACCGUUUCUGCCAGCUGGUUAACAUGUAUCUACCUGUCGAUCCUCGGCGGCGCCAGGCUCAAUUAGCUCAGAAAGGUCAAGUUGUGGUCAUGGCUCCUCCUUAUCCUGCACAAACACCGCAUGCUAUCGUAUAUAGUACAACUCCUGUGACUGCCAUGCCUUCGGUGGAGAGAGAAGAUGACACGGAUGCUCCGGAAGCUCCAGUCUAUCCUGCUGCAUAUGUAGUGCCGAUGAAUGCAGCUGGAUCCUACCCGCAACAAAUCCUUGUUCCUGCACCUUUCGCAAUGAAAGUGUAUUAUUGGAUUUCUGCAAGUAUCACAUAA